UCUCAGAUGAGCUUGGGCACAGAGAAAUUGUUUCAGAGUAAAGGGAGGCUUUACCCAGUAUAGUGUUCCUAAAUAAAUGCUCGGUGAGUGAGUUAACUGUAUAUUUGAAUCGUGAAAAUGUCGAAGGCUUUUGUCCCUCUUCGCACGCCGUACACGGCUACCUAAAACGUGCUAUGUUGUGACUGAAUGAGACGUCGUUCCUUGAAACGUGAAACAGCCGCACUUUUAACUUGAGCGCAUGUUUAUACUAAAACGUGAACUUCUCAUGGCUUUAACAUUGUAGUCCCUGCAGUUUUUAAAUCUCGUACAGUUUGUGUUAGCUUCAACGGUUAAGCUAACGGCUAAUAAAGCCGAAGGGAAGUAACCAAAACAAGAAGGUAGCCCCGCUGCUACUGAGCUUAAAAUACAAAGCUUUGAAUCAGUACGAAAGCCUCUCUGCUAACAUGUCAGCCGCGCAAAACGAGUCGAGGAAACGGAGCAAGAAGCGGUAUGUGGCCGGCCACCACAACAAGCGGUGGAAGGGCUCCCGAGAGCUGGAGGUGGGCAUGGAGGGGAUCCUCAUCACAUGCAACAUGAACGAGAGGAAGUGCACCGCGGAGGCCUUCAAUCUGCUCAACGAAUACGCCGACAAGCUCUACGGACCUGAGAAGUUGCAAGAUAAUACUGGGAGCAGCAGUGAAGAAGAAGAUGCUGAAGAAGAGGAUGUUGAGGUCGCACUGAAGAAGGAAGUGGCACAGCUGCAAGCAUCUGGAACUAAACCCGAGAGGCGCUUCCAGGCUUUGGACAGCGGGGCAAACAAUGUCAUCUUCAUCAAAACUCAAAAUCUGGAAUCUGACAAGUUGGUUCAUCACAUCUUGUCUGAUCUCCACACCACCAAGAAGAAAAAGUCCCGCGUGAUCCUUCGGAUGCUACCAGUAACUGGAACGUGCAAGGCCUUCCAGGAUGAUAUGGUGAAGUACCUGACCACCUUCUUGGAGCCUUGGUUCAAAACCCCAAGUUGUGCUACCUAUCAGAUCGCCUUCAAAGCCCGCAACAGCAGCCACAACAAGAGAGACGAAAUCAUCAAAUCAAUUGCAGGUCUUGUGGGGAAGCUGAACCCUAAAAACAAAGUGGAUUUGACGAACCCAGAAUUGACAAUCAUUGUGGAGGUCAUUAAGGCUGUGUGUUGCAUCAGUGUGGUAAAAGACUAUACACUGUAUAGAAAGUACAACGUUCAGGAAGUAGUAAAAGAAGAUGCACCAAAGCCUGAUGUGACAACAGCAAAAACAGAUGCAAGCACACCUGAGCAGAAGGAGAAACAGGAUGCAGUGGAGACGAACCAAGAAGACAAGAAAGGUGAAGAGGAAAAUGACAAAAAUGUGCCAGAGGACAAAAAGGAGGUUGAUAAGAGUCAAGGUGAAGGGGAAUAAGGGAUCCCUUUUAAAGAAAUGGGUUGUCAGCUGCUUAGUUAGAUUUAAAAUUUCUCAGACAUAAUAAGUUGCGUCAUAUUGUAGUAAUUUUGUUUUUAAAUGGAAGGAUAACAUUACUUAAAAAAAUAAUAAGGCUGACAAGAGUCAAACAGGGUCCUCAUAUAAUUUAAUGUCUUUUUUUUUUCUAUUCAUGACGAUGAGACACCGGUGCCAACUUCAUUAAGAUGUCCAUUUUAAAUAGCAGUGAUUUUGAAGUAACUGUACAUAUCACCCCUCUGCAGCAUAACUUUGCCAACAGCUCACAUUUUUUUAAUGCUGAAUUUAAUUUUUAAAUUUAUAUGUCAUUUUAUUUUUUGACAUUUUUAAACUAAAGAAAACAGAGUUUGGUUCAGGUCAGCUUGUGUGUCACAUGUAGUAAUAGACUGUUUUUGUAAGACAUGUUAUUUCCAAAAGCUGUACCUGAAUUAAAGCUGCCUGUGUUUUUGGCUGUAUCCUUUUCUCAUUUAAUGAUACAACGUGCCUCGCUGAUUGGCACAGCGAGGAAAAAGGGAAUUUGAAAACUGCUACUUAAACAUAAUGAAGUACGUAUAAUGUUCUCACCUGCGGGCUCUCAGGGCUUUUACGUUUCACAUCAUGGAGUAAAACGUCCUAUUUGACAUUGUGUCCCUCUAACCACCACCAUCAUCCUUGAACUGGCAGUUUCCUCUCUGCACCACAAGAUGGAGUUAAUGCCUCAUUUUCUAGAGGCAUGGACAUCUGUGUGACAAGUUGUGCUCAUGGGUUUAAUUAAUCACAAAACCUUAACCGUUGUUAAGCUUUCCUCAUGUCUUACCUACUUCACCUACCGUUCAAAUAAUUUUCUAUAUAUCUUGCAAUUCUUUGUGGUUGUGAAGAGUGUAGGCUUUCAUAUCGGUUUAAAAAGAUUACACCUAAUUUGAUAGAUCAUAUCCGACAAUAAUAUGUCUCAUGACAGAUGUUGUGAAUUUUCCUGUAUUUGACAGCAGAAAAGUGAUAAAGUGGAACUAACCACUACAAGCUGUGAUGCCAAAAAUCUGACCUGUUUUGGGUGUGAUGGUUAAUUUUUUUGAGUGGUAAAAUGCCUCAAUAAAAUUUGUUA